CCGACAAUAUCGUGUUAUCGUCAUGAAUCGAAUAGUGAUAUUUGGUGCUACGGGAAAUACCGGAUUAUGCGCUUUGAACAGCGCUGUAAAUAAAGGUCUAAAUGUAAGAGUAUUCGUGAGGGAUGAAAAUAAAGUUCCAGCGAACUUAAAAAAUAAAGUCGACAUAGUCGUGGGGGACGUUACCAAUCCCGAACAAGUUUCGAAGGCGGUGUCCGAAAGGGACGGAGUGGUCGUCGUACUCGGUACAAGAAAUGAUUUAAGUCCAACUACCGUGUUGUCCCAGGGUAUGAAGAAUAUAGUAGACGCUAUGAAAGCGCACGACGUGCAAGUAGUAUCUGUCUGCUUGUCAGCAUUCUUGUUCUACAAACCCGAAGCAGUGCCCGCUAUAUUCAAAGAUUUGAACGCUGACCACCAACGUAUGUUCGACAUCCUCAAGGAAAGUCAAUUAAAAUGGGUCGCUGUAUUGCCGCCUCAUAUCGCUGACAAACCAAAUGCAAAGUACGUAGUGAAGCACAACGAGUCUCCCGGUAGGGCCAUAUCUAAGCACGAUUUAGGUUCUUUCCUGGUCGAGAGUCUUGGACAGCCGGAACAUCAUGAAAAAGUUUGUGGUAUCGCUAACAUCGCGUAGCGCGACGGACAGAACGCAGUCUCGCACGAAUAAACGUUUUAAUCUUC